GGCACCAUCAUUACCAUUACUACGCCGCUACAUGUGCUGUACUGUCCACGGAUGAGUGGCUGGUCAUUGUGAAGCUGUCUAUAUAUGAUAAUAAUAUUACAGUACAAUGUUGGAGGACGACACCCACUUCAUAAAUAUCUUCCGAGGGAAACGCAUUAAACUGACCCUGAAGACGUCGUCUUACCUCGGCGUCGUGCAACGCAUUGAUACUAACAAGACAGUGGUCCUCACGGAAGUUUCAGUCAUAAAUGGCGGCAACUGCUGUAACAUUUCCGGGUCGAGGUUGUUCUUCGGUCGCGACAUUCGAAACGUUGAGUUUACUGACGAAGAGGACACCGUUCAUGGGUUCUCUCAACAAAACAUGUUGGUCAGAAAUAUUCCUGAAGAUCUAGAAGAACACUUGAAGGUGAAGAAGUUCCAGCCAUACAGACAGACUGUUUACCAUGAUGAAGAUGAAGAAUACAUCAACUUUGAAGUUAUUGAUGAGUUUCAGGAGAAAUUUGCAUCUGCUGUGAUGGACAUCAAGAAGCAGCAUGUGGUUGGCGUGGGGGUUGACGGGGUCGCGAUAUACAAUCACGGGAGAUUGUGUUGGCUUCAGAUUGCCACAAAAAACAAGGUCUAUUUAUUUGACGUCUUAUUACUUGGAGCGCGGGCCUUUAAAAAUGGUCUUUCCAUGAUUCUGGAGAAUAAGCGCAUCCUGAAGGUCAUCCAUGACUGCAGAGCGAUUGCUGGAUGUCUGAUGACACAGUUUGGAGUAAAGCUAAUGAAUGUUUUUGACACACAGGUCGCAGAUGUCAUGUGCUUCCACUCUGAGACAGGAGGCUUUCUUCCAGAUAGAGUGAGCACCCUUCAGGAGGUGGUGAGCCUCCACUUGAAGGUGCCGUCCUCCCAGCUCUUGUCACUAAAGACCAAGUCCCAGCUGACAAAGGAGGAAACAGAGAUGUGGUACAAGCGUCCGUGUCCCAUACCCCUCCUGAAGGUGAUGGCGCUGUCGGUGAUCCACUUGCAGCCUCUGAGACUGGUGCUGCUGGAUACUCUCCUGACGGACUACAUGACCCUGGUGGACACCUACCUCACUAACAGCCAGUACCCGCUGGAUAAUCUGGAGAGCUUAAAUAUGGAGAGUGUGUUUGAGUUACCCUCGGAGCUCAGGCAGCUGGAGCAGAUGCGCAUUCAUCGUCGAGAAUGUGCCGCCAAACACUACCCAGUCACUGAUAACGGACUGUUGGCUCGCUUCGGUCCUGAAAUUGGGCCCCCCACCCAGACCGCACCUGUGGAACAAGAACCAAGUGUGGAAUCACCAUCACCGGAAGUAAAUCAAAAGCAUCCAUUCACACAUCUCUAUGAUGUCACUGAUGUUGCUUCUAUAAAUGAGGCCCCUCGAGAUCCAGUCUCUAGCACCUUAUCUGACCCCGGGAGGCAGAUACCUUUGAGUCGUCCCUUCUCUCAGGGUGCGGGUAGAGGAUUCACAGGACUACUAAUGGGAGCGAUGGGUCGAGGAACGUUCUUUGGUAAGGAACGAUCAGAUAGUGAGCUAGUACAGGACAUGCCCUCGCUUUUGGAGACCACUAGCAUAAAUCUGGAGAAGUGGGAGGCUCAUAGUCAUUGGGAUUGAGGCAGCUACUUCCUGGUCAGACCUCAAACCCUAAUACUGCAGCCAGUUCCUCCAGUUUGUUGUUCCGCAGUUUAACCAUUAGAUGGCAGUAAAUCUUGGCUUUUGUUCAACACCUGUAAGGUCGCUUAAAUAGCUUUAUUUCCAUUGUUAUGACGCCUGUUUUGAGUUGCACAUAAUGACUACAAGUUCAAUGUCAAAUAUUAUAAUAAUUAAAAUAUUUGAAGCGAUAUUGUUAUUGUUAGUAUAUUUUCACACUGAAUGCAAGCAUCUUUGCCAAGUGUGAUUGAUGACCUAAAGAGCCUUGGCAUCUGUUUUGCUUUAAUUAGUAUUGAAAAGCCGACACAGACAUUGAUGGAUCUUCUAUUAAUUUCCCAAAUUCGACCAAAAAUUGAGAUCUUAGCCGUUUAAUUUGCUACAAGAGGUGCCAUGCUGCUUUUGGCAGAAGGGACACUACGCUGCAGUUUUGCUCUGAUGAUGAUGGUGGUGGUGGUGGGGUUCUGGUAUCUGG